CCCUGCGAGUCCUCAAGCGAUCUGGCAACGCACGACUAGCAACAAAACAGCUUUUUGUUUACCAAACUAUUAAUUUUGUAUUUGCUAAAGAAAAGUUAAGAAUUUGCACAAUGUUUGCGGGCAAGCGAGUUAGGGCCCGGGCGAAGAACUUCACCAUCGAGGAGGAGGAGAUCCUGGAGAACCUGAUCCUGGCGCACCGCGAUGUCAUCCGCAGCAAGCAGAAGGAUCCGGCCAUUUGGAGGAAGAAAUCAGAGGCAUGGAAGCAAAUUGAGGCGGACUUCGCCCUUCAAACCGGAAUGGAGCGUCCUUGGCAGGCUCUGCGGGAGAAGUACACCAACAACCUGCGGAUGAUGCGAAAGAACGGAACACUGAGUGAUGAGGAGGCACAGACGGACGAUGCACAGGAAUCUGGGCAGAACUUGUCGAUUUCAGAAGUUUCUUCGCUGGUUGGAGCUGCAAAUAAUGAAGAGAGUAGCACCGAUUUCGAUCCGGAAUACAGUCGCAAAAACAGCCUGAGAAACGCCUCUAGCGAAAUUAAAUUCGCGCCAAAUAACUUACGCUACGCAGUUGGGAGCCCCAACUAUGAUGUUCUGAAUUUAAAAGACGAGUCAGACCCCUUAGGCGAGGACACAUCAAGUACCCUGAAGGAGGAGAGGCUCGUUCUAAUCAAGCUGCAGCAGGAGUACUACCGAGGUGAAAACGUCCGGGCAGCCGAGAAGCACAAGAUUGAGAUGGAAAAGCAGAAAUAUGAGCUGGAGCAGCGCAAGGUGGAGCUGCGAAAUAUGCGCCUUAAAAGCGAACUUCUCGAAGCGGAAAUUCUGGUAAAACGACCAAAAGUCGGCGCAAAGAAUGCUUCUUCCUAAGGAGUUACUAGCUAAUAGGAUAGUUAAAUUUACUUUGGUCCAUCUAAUUUCAGUGCUUUUCAAUAAUUACUAUAAGUAAAGUCCUAGCUUACGAUCAACAAAAGAAACUGAAUUGAUGUUAAACCAGAAUUACAAUUACAUCUUCAAAAGAUUUAA